AUGCCUCUCAUUACAGAUGAUCGGAUUCACAAUGGGGUCGUUCCCUUCAGUGGCGCCAUCAUCGAUGCAACAGAACGGGAUGAUACUGGCGCCAGAGAUACUGCUCCGCUCAAGCUCGCCACCAAACCUAUAGCGUACAAGCGGCUUGGACGAUCCGGUCUGAAAGUGUCCCAAGUCAUUCUUGGGUGCAUGGGGUUUGGGUCGCCAGCAUGGCAGGGUUGGGUUAUACCCGAAGAAAAAGCGUUGCCACUUCUAAAAUAUGCCUACGACUGCGGUAUCAACACCUGGGACACGGCCGAUAUCUAUUCCAAUGGCCUCUCUGAACAAAUCGUUGGCAAAGCUAUCCAGCAGUACCAAAUUCCCCGUUCGAGCGUUGUCAUCAUGAGCAAAUGCUUCUUCAGCCCUGAUACUUCAGGCGCUCAAGCUCGGAUCGCCACCCGGACGAGAAACGAAGGAUUGCUGGUGAACACCGUCGGCUUAUCUCGAAAACAUAUCCUAGACGCGGUUGAGGCGAGCGUCAAGCGCCUGGGUACGUAUAUCGAUGUGCUACAAAUCCAUCGUCUGGAUCGUGAUGUCGAGCCGACCGAGGUCAUGCGUGCUCUGAAUGAUGUGGUUGAGAGGGGAUGGGUGAGGUAUCUAGGUGCAAGUUCGAUGGCUUGCUGGGAGUUUCAGCGAUUACGGUGGACAGCAAAGACGAACGGCUGGCACGAAUUUAUCAGUAUGCAAAAUUACCACCACCUCCUCUAUCGUGAAGAGGAACGAGAGAUGAUACCUUACUGCAAUGCCACUGGUGUCGGUCUCAUCCCAUGGUCUCCGCUGGCUAGAGGCGUGUUGUGUCGUCCUUGGGGUCAAGGAUCACAUCGAGAGAAUAAUGAUGGAUAUCUUGGAAAGCUGAUUCGAGGCAAGGCAUGCGAGGCAGACAAGAUCAUUGUCGGUCGUGUUCAGGAGUUGGCGGAAAGGCAUGGCGUCUCGAUGGCUUGUAUCGCUACUGCUUGGUCCAUCUCGAACGGAUGCUGUCCUGUUAUCGGGCUGUCGUCGAGGGAGAGGAUCGAGGACGCGGUGCGGAAUGCUCAUUUCAAGUUGACUGAUGGAGAGUGCGAGUACUUGGAGAGUGCAUAUGUGGCCAGGCCUAUCGAGGAGGAGAACCUUUGA